AAUUUACUACGAGACGGUGAUAACCUGACAUACGUUCCGAAGUCUAUGGCCACCGAUUCGUCCAGCCGCUUUUGACAGCCCAAGAGGAAUAGGAAUUAGGAUAAGUGUCGAAAAUAUGUACAGAUUUAGAAAUCAUUUAACAAGUUCUCAUUUAGUUUUGGUUAGGAAACAGAUAGGGGAUGGAUCAUGUGCUGCAUUAAUAGUGAUGCGAGCGCCGCAACGGCGCUAUGCCAUCGAUCAGAAGAAAAUGGGUGAUACCUGUCCACCACCAAAAGAUAAACCGAAGUCUCGGAAGCUGUUAUGGGGGACUGUCGGAGCUACAAUGUUAACCGGUGCUGCCAUUGUUUAUGCUAAGUCGAGUCCCGAGGCUCGUAACUGGCUAGAAUCUAAUGUACCAUGGGCUAAUGACCUGGUAGCCCUUGUGUACCAGGAGAACACAACAUACUGGAAGUUUACCGCCAACCAGUUCAAUAAAGCAACUAAAUCUGUCACCAAUUUUCUGUUUGGAAAAGAGGGAGUAACACCACUUGAUUUUCAACAACGUCCCGAACAAGAUCUAGAUAAAGAUGCGGCCAGAGAUUUUGCUAAGAAAAGUUAUGAGUUACCGCCACCUACCAUCGAACCGUUGUAUGUGGAGGAGAAAGUUCUAGAAACACCUGACAUUGAAACACCAGCCACACUCGUACAAACGGAAAAGUGUGAACCCCAGAGCCCUCCCCCUAUAAAAAUAACCAAGGAUUUGGUGGAACUCGAACAGGACAUGCACGAGAACACUAGAGCGGCCAUAGACAAUUUCAAGAAGGCUACCAAACAUUGUGCUGAUUACAAUAAAGCGCUUUACAGGAUCGUAGAGACGUCGAUCACGGAUCUUGACAGAAAACACUUCACGACAUUGAAGGGCGCUCAGAGUGAACGUGACAACGCCGUCAAGAAAGCUAAGGAGGCGUCCGCUAAAGCUAAAUGUGCUAUUGAGACCUUGGAUCGUAUGAUCAAAGCCGGCGUCCAAGCGCCUCCUGAAACUAUUGCGGCCACUAAGAGAUACAUCACACAGUUUAGGAACGACUUAAGCAUAGCCGAGGACGAAUAUAAGGAGGCUGUGGAUAAGGCUGUGCUUAGCGACAAGUAUUGGAAUAAGGUGGAAGCAGCUCGUUUGAUGUAUAAGGAAGAGCUUCAAAUGCUGUUCCCAAGCAUAGACCUCACAGCUAGACAGCUUGACAUUAGAGGCGACACCGAUCUUCUGCUUAUGUAUACUUUGAAGCAGAUUCAGUACUUACAAAACGAAAUUGCCGAGUUGCAGACCAUGAGGGAAUUGAAAAUAAACAGAGCUAUCGAAUGUCAUGAUGAGAAGGCAAUCAUUGAAGCUAAAGUAGAAGACAUGAUAAAACACGAAAGAAUGGAGAAAGAAAAGGAGUUUCAGAGGAAGAGCUUAGAAGUCCAAGCGGAAGCGAACAGGAAAUUAAAAGAUCAGUUGAAGAAACAGUUUGAGAUACAACAGGAGGUGUUACAAGAUAAACUGGCCAGGAAAGAGAAGGAGGUUAUGAACAAGUUCAGUCGCUCUGUUUCGGAACAGGUUGAAAAGGAACGCGUCGAGUUCAAAAAGGAGCUGGGGGCUAUGGCCGGCAAACUACAGGCCAUAGAACAGACAUUAAAACAACGUUCGGCGGCUGAGGCUGAGGCUCGUCGUUCCCAGUCUCUGUGGGCCGCGGCUGAGGCGUUACACGCGGCUGCAAGGAGGAACGACGCUAGAGCGACGCUCGACAAGGAACUGAGAGCGCUCGAACAAGCUGGCAAAGACGAUAAAUUGGUGCAGACCGUCUUAAAAGGAAUCCCUAACGACGUCCGUGAGAAGGGCAUCGCUACUGAGAAGGCAUUGAGGGACAAAUUCGACAGGUUGGAGAGGACAGCUGUGAAGGUGGCGUUAGUCGGACGUGACGGUGCGAGCCUCGUGAUUUAUUUCCUGUCGUGGCUGCAGUCUAAGUUGUUGUACCAGAAGUUCGCCGACAUACCUCAGGACGAGUUGGACAAUAAACCAACGGAUUUUUCAAAACUGGACACAUUUGAUAUCAUACAGCGAGCCAGGUACUAUAUGGACCACGGCCAAUUACCCCACGCCCUUCGCUACGUGAACCUCCUCUCCGGAGCCCCGCGGGCCGCGGCACGGUCCUGGGUCGACGAAGCCCGAGCACACUUAGAAGUCAGACAGGCCGCGGACGCGGUCAUGGCGCACGCCAGCGUCUCCGGACUACUAUACCUAUAAUGACGUCAUAGUUUCGUGACGUCACCAAUGUUCUAAUGACUUACGACGUCCCUCAUAUCCGACGCGAGCCGGCGUGACGUCAUUAAAUCCAUGCAGACUGUGACGCAAUCAACAACUAACAUUUAACGCGCUGGCGUAGUCUUACUAUAUAGAAUAUAGAUUAUAAAUGAACGAGAUCGUUAAUAUAUAUCUUAUCUGUACUGUUUUUGUCAUUGGCCGACCUGUCUUAUUGACGUCAUCGUGUCUGUCAGGUGACGUAAUGACGUAAUUUACAAUGGUAAAUACUCAAAUGAAAUCGGACUAGCAAUAAUAUAGUACGAACACAUAUUAUAUAUUUCUUCCUGAUUUACUUCUUGGAGUAUUUAUCAACAUCUAUGACGUAACACACUGGUCCGUGACGUCAUCACGGCUGUGACAUAAUUUAUCUAUAUUUUGUUCGUUUCAGUUAUUUAAUUUGUUUGUUGAAUACUGUUACAGUCACCGUCCCUUAUAAAAACUCCCUCUCAUUAAUUAAUCGAUUCGAUACUUGGAAUAAAAUUUCAUUGAUGCUCUUUAAUAUUAUAUUUUUCGGCGAAACUAUGUUGGGACAAAGGUAUGUAGUUUUAAAUGUAACGAUUAUUUGUUUCAAAGAUUUACCGUAUUUGUUAGACGAAGGAAAUAAAGAAUCCGUUCGAAAUUGCACCUUAUUACAUCAACGGCAGGUUCAAAUUGAUUUAAGAAUGACCCUAUUUAUUUUGCCACAAAAAUGCAUUUAAAAACAGAACACAUUUUAUCUUUGAAUUGGAUGAAAAUGCACUGUGGUUUGCUUAGCUUUGUGUAAAUAUGAAAUGUAUGUAAUUUAAAAUUAGAGAAUGAUUUUUAUUUCAA